AUGUUAGUCCACACGAACCGCGAGGGCUCCCGCAGUUCGCACGGCUCCAAAGGAGGAGGGGGAGGGGGCGGUGGCCCCGGCUGGACCGACAUGGAUGUCGUCGAUGUGCACGCCUACGUGGGCCUGCUCCUCCUGGCCGGGGUGUACAGGUCCCGGGCCAAGGCCGCGGUCAGCCUGUGGGAUGCGGAGUGUGGCAGACCCAUGUUCCGAGCCACCAUGUCCCUGAAGCGCUUCUAUGCCUGCUCCAAGGCUCUCCGCUUCGACAACCCGGCCACGAGGCCUGUGAGGCGCGCCUCGGACAAACUGGACGCCGUCAGGGAGCUGUGGGACGAGUGGUCCGCUGGGCUACGACCCCGGCCACGAGGUGACGGUGGACGAGCAACUGGUCCAGUUUUGAGGUGGAUUGAUGGCGUGAGCUUGCAGCCAGCCAGCCAUCCAGUCAUGGCGCUGUGGUGGUGCGCUACCGUCUUCUGCAGGUCGGCUGCAGUGUGGUUUCCCCUGCUGCUCUCCUCUCUCCUGUGGCCAACGAUCUCUCCUGUCCAUGGCGCUCCAUCCUGCCCGCGGAGCUGCAGCUGUCCAGGUGUUAAAGAGGUUCACUGUACAUUCAGACACCUCGCCGCCAUACCAAAAACCUUCCCCAGAGACACAGAAAGAAUCAACCUGGGUUAUAACAGCCUGACGCAGGUGGAGGGGUCAGAAUUCAGCUCGCUGCGGCAACUGGAGAUGCUCAUGUUGCAUGGCAACGACAUUAGCACGGUUCACCCUGGGGCCUUCUAUAGCCUGAGAUCACUACAGAUCUUGAAGAUGAGUUACAAUAAGCUCACAUCGGUGAGCCCUGGUCUGUUCGAGGGUCUGGUUGGUCUGAUCCGUCUCCAUUUGGACCACAACCUCAUCCAUUUCAUAGAGCCCUACUCUUUCUCUGGCCUCACCUCUCUGAAGCUCCUGCAGCUGGAGGGGAAUCUCCUCAAGGAGAUCCACCCUCACACCUUCAUAACGGUGUCACUACUGGGAACCUUCUGGACGUCCGGACUGAAACACCUACACCUGUCAGACAACCUGUUGGAGCAGCUCCCUGCUGCAGUGCUACAGACAGCUCCCAGGCUGGAGCUCCUUGCUCUUCAUGGUAAUCCCUGGACCUGCGACUGUCAGCUCCACUGGCUGGUAGAGUGGAACUCCAAACAUGAGGGGGUAAUAAAGUGUAAGAAAGAACGUGACCCAGCAUCUGGUGAGACCUGCCCCCAGUGCUCCUCUCCACAACCCUUGAAUGGGAGCCUCUUUCUAGGAUUAACUCCCGACAAGCUUACCUGCGAGCGCCCAGUCCUCCGCUCCCCUCUCAAAAAGCAGGACAGCCCAGUGUGGGCUGAAUCUGACACAGAGCCUGAUUUGCCAUAUACCUAUGACCUUGAAAAACCUUUGGGUCACCUGACCAUCGUUCUCUCCGACAGUCAUAGUAAUAAUGCCCAAGUAGCAUGUGAUGUCCGCCGGCCUGGCAUUCAUUCCCCGAUGACUUGGACAGAGAGUCCACAUGCACCUGGAGAGAUAUCCGUAAACGUGUCACUUGUGACCGUCCUUGAGUGUGAGAUUGAUCGGGAGGCGCUGCAGAAUCUAUGGCGAUUGGUUGCAUAUUACUAUGAAAGCCCUGCUAUCUUAGAAAGAGGCCUACAAAGAAGAAAUACUACCGGGACAACCUAUCAAUAUGCCCAAGCUGUUAAUGAAAAUUCCCCGUACUUCACAGAGUUAAAGGGUUAUUUGGUGGCAGAACCUUCAUGGCUGCUUCAACCCAGAGUCACUUUGCAGCUCAACAGACGUCAGACAACAACCAAGAAACUUGUGAUGGACUUUACUACUGUGAUCUCCAAGAAGAUCAACAACCGUGGAGGGCAGGAAGAUGACAACGAUGACUUUGCUUCCUCCUGGGCACUGAUUCACAGAGGAACAGCGGGGCGGGUUCAGUCUGCUCUUGAAGGUUCAAAGGUCCACUUGGAGUGCAGUGUUGUCAGCUCAGGUUCAGAGGUUAACGUAGAGUGGAUGCUGCCAGAUCUGUCCAUUGUUGAAGGUACAACUGAUAAAAUUGAAAUCUCUGAAAGAGGGGAACUUGUAAUUCUGAAUACCACACUGUCUGACUCAGGCCUCUACCACUGUGUGGUCAGAACCAAAGCUGGUGUGGACAUGGUGCCUGUGAGGCUCACUAUCAAAGAACGCUCCCUCAGCCCGAGUGCUUUCAAUGCUCAAACAAUAACACUUGAGAAGGGGCGCUUGCUUGCUCUCCCUUGCGAAGUGACCUCAGCACAGCCCAGUCAAACUAUCUGGUACCUGCCCAAAAAUCAGAUUCUUCUCCCCUCUCAGCAGACUAGAAGGGCAGAAGUGAUGGAAAAUGGGACUUUGGUGGUAAAGAAAUUGACACAAGAAGAUGCAGGGGAAUACAGCUGCAUAGCUUCAAAUCUGUAUGGAGUUGACAUGUUAUCACACAUGGUGGAAGUCAGUGGAGAGAAGGAAAUGGAUAGCUCCAAAGUACAGACAGAAAAAGAGCAGAAGAUCUUAAUUGUCCAUGAGGAUGACCAAGAGGGAUCAGGGGGAGAUUACCAGGAAAUUAAACGCCCUUUUUCUACACAGAUGCCAAGGAGGGUAGGGACGCAGCAGAGGAAUCCUGGUCGGUUUAUGAAAGGGAGAAGACUUAAAGAUUCUAAGAGAAAACCUAAUAAAUCUGUAAAGGAAUUAGAUCCAAAUCGCUGGGCAGAGAUAUUGGCUAAAGCUAACACUAAAUCAAAUACAGCUCUGCCAUCACAACCAGAGGCUAGCACCAUAAUGGCAACUACUGUCAGGGUUGAAACUAGUACACCCCAACCUACCACUGCAACAACCCCAACCACUACCACUACUACUAGUGCUACAACUACUAGUACAAUAAAUUUGAAUAUCAAUACAAGCGAUAAAUAUGAGUCUCAUUCAACAGAAAAAGAAAAGGAGAAAGAUGAGGAGUAUGAUACAUCGCAAAAACAGCGAGAGGUUGUACAAUCCCCCCUUGAACAACCAGCGGUUGAGCCAAUCACGCAGUCACAGAAUAAGCCUACUGGAGAGGGGAGGGGGAGCCCAAGACCUUCACCUGGCUUGUCCAACAGGAGGAGGCCACCUUAUAGACGGAGGAGACCACCGAUGAGAAGAGUCCAUCCGCAUCUGAACCCCUCCCACCGCUCAUCAAAGCAAUCUACCACCACUACCACCACUACGCCAACAACGACCACAACAACCACAACUACAACUACAACCACAACGACUACAACGGCUGCUCCAACCACAGUGGACAUACAUGAAGUUUCAAAUGCUGACUAUGAGACAGAGGAGGAUGAAAGUGAUUUAGAAUAUGAAGUUUAUGAUGACAAAGAUAAUGAUAGUUCAGAUGCAAAAGAAGAUGUAAAUCACAGAGACAGAACAAGAGAAGAGGGCAGAUGGAAAGAACAAGAGGAGGAAAAGAUGGAAGAGCCAAAAGCAAAGCCUGCGGUCCCCAGUUUCCCUAGAAUGGAUCCAGUUCACCCCUGGCUCCACCAGCACAACGAGAGAAAGGAUCAAACCUCCUCCUCCAGGCCACCACACACAGAUCAAGCCAGAAAUGGUCCUGGGUCAUACCCUGUGCCCACCUACAUGCCCUGGCCUCUCCCCCACCUCAGGCUUCAAGAGUCAAGGGUCACCAAUCGACCAGAAAUCACUGCAGAAACGGUCAAGCCCACACGUGUGGUUUCUGGAUCAGUGGGAAAUGCCAGAUUUGUAUCCACCACUCCCCAGCCAUCACAUCAUUAUCAUCAAAUCCAUCAGCUUGGUGGGGGGAGCAGGACUCAAACCAUAGAUCAGCUGUUUCUGUCAAGGCUGAGGAACAGAUACAGACAGGCACAGCUUGAUCGCAUCGCUCAGCUAGGGAGGAGGGUAACUUAUCCACUGACACCCAUACCUCAUUUAAACCACCACAACACUCCAUCCUCCAUCACACCCAAACCCAGCCUUCCAUCCCCACACAAACCCCACACAACAAAACCACCAGCACCCACUGCUUCGUACACCUACACUCUGAAACCUCCGAAAUCUGCUGCACCCCAAUCAUCAUCUCUCUCCAGUUUCCUCCCUACAUCCCUCCCUCGGCCCCACACCACCCCGGGGGUUCUGUAUGGAGGACGAAUCAGCUCUCUGCGUCCCACUGCUGUGCCUCCUAUGCCGGGGCUGUUGGGAGCGGGAGGUGGUGGGAUAAAGCCCCGUAUCACCACGGUAACCACAGCCAGCAUGUCAGUACUGGCAGAGAGUGAUGUGUUCCUGCCCUGUGAAGCAACAGGAAACCCUGAACCCAACAUGGCAUGGACCAAAGUCUCCACAGGUGCCACUAUCCCAGCCAACACCAAGCAUGGUGUCCGCUUUGAGGUCUUCAAAAAUGGGACUUUUGUUAUAAGAAACAUCCAGCUCCAGGAUCGAGGCCAGUACCUGUGCACAGCCCAUAACAGGUUUGGCUCGGAUCGCAUGGUGAUUACCUUGGCUGUCCAGACUGAGGCCCCCAAAAUCCUACCUCCAAAGUCCACAGAAGUAGCAGUCUACUUAGGAAAGAGUAUCAGUCUUGAAUGCCUUGCUUCUGGAAGACCACCAGCCCAGAUUUCCUGGAUUCUUCCAGACAGGACAUUUGUUCGUGAAGUCGGCAAUGCCCAGACUCUUCUCCGAACAGUGUCUCUGUUUCAAAAUGGGACUCUCCGAAUUCAGUCUGCUAAUUUCUCCAGCAAAGGGGACUACAAGUGUAUUGCAAGCAAUGCCGCAGGUGCUGAUACAAUUACUUAUCAUGUCCAUGUAGCGGCUCUGCCUCCAAGUAUCAGCGAGGGUGCACUGGAUACAGUGAUCAUUCAGCCAGGUGGAAGUGUGUAUGUACAUUGCUCCGCCAAAGGUGAACCAGUGCCCACAAUGAAAUGGACACUCCCAUCAGGGGUCCAAGUCAAGCCGUCACAGUUCCUGGGACGCAGGCUGUUUGUCUUCCCCAAUGGGACACUUUAUGUGAGGAAAGUUUCACCAGCCGAUGCUGGAAGGUAUGAGUGUUUAGCCACUAAUGCUGUGGGCAUCGCCAGAAGAACUCUCCAGCUGGAAGUGAAAGCAGAUCUCCCCUUGUCACCUCACCAGCCUCUUCCUCUCCCCAUCCCUCCAUCCAACCGCCAUGCUGUCCCCGGGCCAUCCCGGCAGCACUCUGUGUCAGCGAUGUACGGUUCAACUGUCUACCUCCACUGCCCAGAGUCCACUGGGUCAACAAGAGGUACAAUCUGGCAGUUACCCUCCAAGACCAUAAUGGAGCAUCGAUACAGUCCAGAGAGGCCAAUUACAGUGUUUCGUAAUGGGACUCUGAGGAUCCUACAGCUAACAGAGUUGGAUGGUGGAAAUUAUCUGUGUGUCUUCCAGCGGCCUAAUGGGGAGGAUAUGGAGCUCUUCCAGGUGGAGGUGUUAAUGACUCCGCCCAGAAUUGAACAUGUGAGAACUCCACAGACCAGGGUCACUUUUGGACAGAACUUCCAGGUGGACUGCGUAGCAACUGGCCUCCCCGAUCCAGAAGUUUCAUGGAGUCUCCCAGAUGGAACCUUAAUCAACAACGCCCUUCAGUCGGAUGACAGCGGCCUCCGCAAUCGCCGGUUUGUGAUGUUUGGCAAUGGAACUUUACUCCUCCAGCAGAUGGGCAAAAAAGACGAAGGUGACUACACAUGCUAUGCCAAGAACAAAUUGGGCAAGGAUGAAAGAAAGCUAAGUGUGAAAGUGGGACCGGAUGCUCCGAGAAUUCGUUUUAAAUCACAGUCCCUGGUGAUGGCAAGGUUUGGAGAAUCAGCUAAGUUAAGUUGUCAGGCAGUUGGCGAGCCUACACCAAGAAUCAUGUGGAUCUCACCAGAAAAUUAUGUAAUUCAAGGGCCAUCAGAUAGAUACCAGACUUUGGACGAUGGUAUGUUAGUGGUGAAAAAAGUGACGCUUGCUGAUCAAGGAAAGUAUACUUGCAUGGCACGAAAUUCUGCUGGUGAUGAUGUUAAAUAUGUGAAACUUGAAGUCGAGUCUCAGGAACCCUUUAUCAGUGGCGUGAAAGGAAAGAGCACCACAAAAGUUUUGGCUGUUUCCUACCAGACAGCACUACUGGAUUGCAGAGUGGAAGGGAAACCUGAGCCAAGAGUUUCGUGGGUUACACCUUAUGGUCACUCACUCCCCACACCCUACCUGGGCGGUCGCUUCCAAGUCCACCGAAAUGGAAGUUUGGAGCUAAGAGGGGUGAGGAAAACAGAUGAAGGAAGAUACAUGUGCCUGGCUAAAAACCAUCUAGGUGAAGCUUCACUUUUGGUUGAACUGGAUGUGGCAUCAAUAGCUGAGAAACCAAGCUUUGCUGUUCCCAAUAUUGAAAUCUUACCCAUUAAGCAAGACAGUGGGGAACUGACCUUGGAAUGCCCUGCUCGUGGCAAGCCACACCCAGAGUUUGCAUGGCUCCUACCCAAUGGGACGAUGCUAACGCCUGGUGCUAAACUCCAGCGUUUCACUCAUCAUCUCGGAAACGGGACUCUUCGAAUCUCUCAACCAGUUGCAAGUGACAAGGGAGUGUACCGGUGCAUAGCAAAAAAUGUAGCAGGGCAAGCAGAAAAACGUUAUGCUCUGGAGGCCGGCAGAAAGCCAGUGAUAAGAGGAUCUACAGGUAAGAUGAAGAUCACUUAUGGCCAGAGCCUGAACCUGCCCUGCUCUGUGGAUGGCUGGCCGCAGGCAUCAAUCUCAUGGAUCCUACCCAAUGGCGUUGUUUUGGACAAACCUCAAACAGCUGGCCGGGUUUCCUUCCUAGCCAACGGGACACUCCACCUCAGACAGGUUGCCACCUUUGACAAGGGAACAUACACCUGUAAAGCCUCCAACACCUUUGGCUUGUCAACACUGUCCUACCCAGUUGCUGUGAUGGUUUUCCCACCACGCAUCACCAACGCGCCAGCCUCCGUCACUAGAGUCAACCGAGGAUCACCAGUGAUGUUACACUGUGUUGCCGCUGGUGUUCCCAAACCGGAUAUUUCAUGGACGUUGCCUGGACGCACCACCUUGGUUCCUCACAACCGAUUUACAGUGCAAGGAGGAAUCCACAUGACAGAGGAGGGGAGUCUGGUUAUACAGAACCCUGUGCUUAUGAACUCAGGCAUUUACAAAUGCAAUGCUAAAAAUGCCCUUGGGACAGACUUUAAAUCUACAUACCUACAAGUCAAUUGAGUGACAGC